AGAGAAGAUGUCCUCAUCUAUCCUCGCAUAUUUCACUGCACAUCUAAACACGAUAACAUCUUUCUCAUCACAAGUUUGGCAUUUAAAGGACUAUUGUUGGUCUUUGGUAUCUUCCUCGCGUGGGAAACACGAAAUAUCGAGAUCAAAGCUUUAAACGAUUCCAAGUACAUCGGCAUAUCUGUAUACAACGUUGUCAUCUUGUCAGUUAUUGGUGUAAUACUGGCCACAUUGAUGUCGGCAUCAAAAUAUUAUAAUAUUUACCUAGCAUUGAUGUCGUUCGUCGUGAUCAUUUGUACUGCUGCUACCCUUGGUAUUGUUUUCGUACCCAAGAUAAUCGGCUUAAGAAAGAUCAUAAAGUCAUCAGCGAAAGGUAAGGUCUCAGAGACGACAUACUCUAUGAAAGGCAGUUCUGCCGAUGAGCAGGGUCCGUGUUCCUGCUGUGAUAAUUGUAAAUACAAAUCCGCGAUUCCUUCUCGCAAAGCUUCAAUACACGUGAGUAACAAGUUCCUUGCCGGUUCUUCUAAUAACCGACGUAAGUCCAAGACUGCAUACGUCCCGAGUAUGAGCGUGAAUAAGCCGAAGGUGAGCGUUCAUAUUGACGCAAAGGUAUGUUUAUCGGCUUAUCCAAUAGCAGAAAAUCUUAUUCAGGACGAAAACACAAAGGCAGGAAUCACGGAAGACAAUGAUGUAUGAAAAUUCGUUUGAAGCGGACCGUUGUGAUAGAACGGCGUGAAGCAAUAUGCAGAUAUAAAUUUUGUCGAAUAAAGCUGCACGUAGCCAUUCAUAUGGCGAUGCAUUAUAGUGCUUACUGUGACUGUGCACGUGGUGAUGUAAAGUUCUAUAAUUUACUUUGCUCGUCGUGAUGGAUUGUAAAAUUUACUGUGCUUGUGGUGAUGGAUUUUUGAACUUGUUAUUCUUACAAGAAUAUAGCAUUCGUGAAAGAAACCAAUGGAUGACUUUAAAUGCGUAUAUUUAUUUUUGAUUGCAUCAAGGAUGGAAUCAUAACAUAAAAGAGAAACCCAUUUUAUUAGAAACAAAUGCGACCAAACAAGUAGUUGUACAGUUGACAAUUGGAAGACGUGAACAAAUGUCUUGUAUUAAUAUUUCGUUUUUUUAACUACUAUUCUCUUUCUAUGUAUAUGUUCGUAAUGCAAUCAUGAGCAGUGAAAAAUAUUAGAACUAUUAGAUAAACGGUGUGGCAAAGUUCACAUUUUGGUUUUGGUUUAAAUCCCAGCAAUUUCUUACAGGCUUACAAAAUUUUUUCUAAGUGAUUCACAGUUAAUCAUCCCAUGUGGUGCACGUGGAUCCGGAGUGGCUCAGACGACCGAGACUUAUACCACCAUUUUUCAUGCAAUGCUUUUCUUGGAGCAAUCUACUAAUGAUCAAAAUUGAGCGUGUUUUAUGAGGAUAAAACACGAGGAUAUUUCAUUAUUAUGUUGCUAAUGCUGACAUUUAUAGAAAAUUGCUAUUUAUUGAAAUUACAGUGGUUGAUAAUCAUGCCAAGUGCAGUAGUGCGUAUAUUAUAUUGCUGAUUUUGCUGGUAGAUUUUUGGUAAAGUUCUCAUGAAACAAAAAUUAGAAUAUAACGUACCCAUUCUUUUGUA